AACUGCGAAGUUCUGUAGGUGAAAUGAAUUAUCAUAAUAUAGAGUCAUCGGAUGAUUAGGUUUCAAUAGAAAUAAAUAAGUGAACCAGUUUGUGUUUGCUGAUGAUACAAGCGAUAAUUAUGAUUUAUCAGUAAGAACUUGCGUGCACGAUGUGAACAUAGAUUCUGAAAUUAUUUUGUAUUAAGGAAGUUACAAGAUGACAUUUCGAUAAAAUGAACCCAACUUUUACCAGUUGUUACAUACAUACAGUGGCUGGAAUGAACGAAACAAGUUUGAAAAACCAGCAAUGGGCUCUACUAUGCACUAGAGGUAGCAGAUAAAACUGAUCGACAAAAGCUCUGCCAAAGGCUCUUUUUUGGUUAGCAAAACCAACCUUUUUCAGCCUUUUUCUUUGCUUAAGCCAGUGUCUCUAGGACCAAUAUACAUGACAUGGGAAAAGCUUUAGCAAAAAGCACAAUGCCAAUUCCAAAGCAAAUUGCACGCCAAGCCCCAAAAAACAAAACUCACAGAAACCAAUAUAGCUAAAACCCUGAGUUGGAGCAAUCAUAAGAUAGAACUGCUUUAUUUUGCAGCUAAAUAAAAGCAUGUUUGCUUGUCUCCCUUACCACCUGCACUCUCAUUAGUCUUCAGUCACGUUCUCUUUUCAUCACAGCUAUUACAUACACAUGCCAUAUGGAAAACUUUUAAACUUAAAAAAGAUUGUCACAGGCAUUGCUGCAAAUAAAGCCAAGUCCAAAGGGAUUCUGUCUCUUAUUCAGCAUAUAAAUACGAGCCUUUUUACGUCCAUCCUCACAUUGUCACAAAUACACACAAAAUGGAUCAGAAGCAGGUAGAGAGUGAAAGGGCACUAAAUGGAAGAGAGCAUGGAGAUGAAUAUAUUCAUAAAACUUUCAUUGCAGCAGGAACAACUCUUGCAAUGGCAUGUCUAAAACGCAUUCUUGUUAUGUUUUUUGUAGAGCAAUGGCGCACAAGGGUCUUCCUCAUCCUUAAUCUCGUACUCCUAACCAUUCUUUUUACUUCCAUCCGUUCAAGUUCAAGUGAAAAUGAUCAAGAAAGUAAGGAUACUCCAGAAAUGAAGACUCAAGAAAACAAGAAAAGAAAUGAAUGUGGCUUGUCUACAAAAGAUAAGCCACACCAAGAAAGCCACAAAUUAUGCAAAAGGACAAAGGAUGCACAUGAGGUAGAGCAAGAACACAUUAAAGUUGAUAUUGAAGCUCAAAAAUUGUCCCAGGAGGAGUUAAAUGAGAGAGCUGAAGCUUUCAUUGCAAUGUUUAGGCAGCAUUUGGUUUCUGAUGCAAGAAAAAGUAGAAAUCAGUUCAUUUCAAGGUCCAAACAAAGUGAAAUGUUCAACCUACGGAAGGAAUCAAAUUUGACCAUCUCAAGUGAAAGACUACAGUCAAAUGUCGGAAUGAAAGUGUAAUUUUUGUAGUUUCAGGUUUGCACUUUUUAAAAAAAAAAUUAAUAACCCUUCUAGUUUUCUUUUUGAGGUUUAAUCAUAGGCUUGAUGUCAACGCAGACUUGCAGUGAGCAAUAGGAGACCAUUGUCUCUAUGGUCCCAUGGACUAUAGUUAUCAAAAAAAGAAAAAACUUGGUCCAUUUUGUAAUUGUCAAUUAUUAAUAAAUUGAUGAUGAUGACUACUACUGUAA